GGUCCUCUUCCAUAAGCGCCUCACACCAUUCCUCCCCCAUCCAAAGCUAAAUUUGGAUUCCAGUAGCCAGGCAUUGGAAAAGUGGAAAAACAAACAGCAUUGUCCUACUGAUGUCAUGCGGUGCACCGGUCAGAUACUUCAAUGCAAUGCUGUUUAAGUGGAGAACAUCUGAGAUCAAGUUCUAAAUCAUCUCUCCACCGUAUAGGCUGUAUAUAUCAACAGUGUUUCUUCAUCGAUGGUGCCCCCCAAGGCUUGGCUGAUAUUUCUUUGGAGCCUAUGGACAUGUUCAUCUUUUUUUCUUUGUCAGGGGAAAAUACCAUCUUUAAAAAUCUCCACUUUAGGUCGACCCUUGUCUGCAAAGCAGACCUUGGAGGCGACCAAUGAAGAUGCAGAGACUGCAAUGUCCUUGGAAAAUGCUGAAAAGGAGCAAGGGUAUUAUCUUCGACAGCUGUUCCAUCUCUACGGGGAGAAUGACACCUUGACUUAUCAUGGACUCACUCUCUUACUCCAGAACCUGGGGCUUGGCAAAGUUCAGGUUGUUGAGAUACAACACACAGAACUAGGGCAUGAUCAUGUGGCUCACUUAGAUAUACUAGACGUACAGGAAAACAAACACAGCCAUGUACACUCCAGCCGGGACCAUUUAACGCCCCCCACCGUGGAGUUCCCAUUUGUGGUAGAGGGCAAUAAAGAGGACAACAAUGCUAGAAGAGUGAAAGAUGACUCCAACACGACACAUCAGGCGCACCACAGGCAGCCGGUGACAGAGGUGCCAAAGUCUAGAAGAAUCACUAUACAGGAUGGGAUAAAAAGCACUAGGCACCAAGGUCUGAAGAAUUGGCAUUCGCAAGACAUUCUGGAGCAACUACUACAACUUCAUCACUCUAAGUAUACUCAUCAGCAUGAAAAUUGUUUGAAUGUGACUCAGUUAUUACUGAAUUUUGGGCUUGAUGGCAUCUCAGAAAUCACUCCUCAGCAUUUCACCCUGCUGUGUCCGGCUCUGCUCUACCAGAUUGACAGCCGGGUGUGCAUUCAGCACAAUGAUCAGCUCAACGCUGUAGACACACACUCUCAGCCGUCACUACUCCAAGUCUUGGGUUGGGGUGCACUUGCCGUCACGCUAGUCAGCGCACCUUCGCUAUUGGCCAUUGCCCUUAUUCCACUUCUCAGACGCCCUGUGUUCCGCUACCUCCUCAGGUUCCUAGUGGCGUUGGCUGUGGGUACUCUGUGCGGUGAUGCUUUACUCCACCUCCUGCCCCAUGCCCAGGAAAAUCACACCGAUGCUAAACAAAGCAAAGAAUCCCACUCCACAGGGCCUGUUCUGAAAGGCUUAUGCGUACUUGGCGGUAUCUACCUGCUGUUUCUUAUUGAAAACGUCAUGGGACUUGUGAAUCAGAGGAGGAAACGGAAGAAAAACUCCCAGCAACAGCGGCCUACAGCAGGCGAGGACUGCACCACCGUUUUACGGGAUCUCGGCCACGCUGUUGACCGUGAUUUCUGUGAAGUCGCUGAAACAACUGAUGAUCUGCAGAGGAGUAGUGAGUUUCAGGAAGAGGUCAUCAGAAAGGACCCAGAAUCUCACGCAUCAUCACACCAUGGCCACUCGCACUCUGCCGGUGGCGGAGGCAUUGCAGACUUUGUAUGGAUGGUUCUUCUUGGUGAUGGAAUUCAUAACUUCACAGACGGAUUAGCCAUUGGUGCUGCUUUCUCUGCUGGUUUUUCGGGGGGUAUUAGCACCACUGUUGCUGUGUUUUGCCACGAAUUGCCUCAUGAGUUGGGUGAUUUUGCUGUCUUGUUACAGACUGGUGUCCCAGUGCGGAGGAUUCUUUUUUUCAGCCUGGUUUCAGUAUUCCUGUCCUUCAUGGGCAUGGUGACUGGUACCAUGAUUAGCUCUUCUGCUGGCACUCCCUGGAUAUUUGCUGCUACAGCUGGCAUAUUUCUAUAUGUUGCACUGGUAGACAUGCUUCCCCAGAUGUUACUCAGAGAAUCCUCUGGUCUUCACGGAAAGGACUGCUUCAUCCACAGUAUAGGUUUCUUGCUAGGAGGUAUCAUUAUGCUGUGCAUUGCCCUCUUUCAAGACCAUUUAGAAAUUAUUGAUGGAUAACGAAGAUUGUUGUGGGGUUUUUUUUAUUUUUUUUUAAUGUAAUUGACCAGUGGCAUAACUUGAAUGUUUUGGGAAAGGCAAAUGCCAAUUUUUGUCCUUCGACUGUUUUAAGGUAUAUCAUCUUACAUACUGAAUAGGCAUAAUAACUUUUUUAAAGAUUGAAAAGUGGCACAAUAAACAUCAUCCUUUUGAGAACCCGUCGCAAGAUAAACAAACUGUCUUGAUUCAUAGAACACAAGCUUUCUCAGACUUCACCUUUUUAAAUGGAUUAAAUUCCUAGAGCGUUCUAGUCAAUUGCCAACAGAUGUGUAGAUAUUUUUUUUUAUAUAGCUAUAAACAAAAGCAAGCAAGUUGUGGACACCAGUAGUGCAGAUUUUUUGAUUAUGAAUGUAAUUGAGGAUGGUGACCUUUUGUGUUGUGAAUACACAAGUUUGCAGACCUCUUGCCAAGAGAGGUAGAACAAGAAAAA